AGUCGAAGGGAGCUCCACUAAAUAAAACCAAGUUAGCCCCAGCUAUAUCACAGGCAAGGCAAGGCACUAGCAGCGCCAAAUGAAUUUGAGUCUCUUGCCCGUGUUUUUCUCGAGCUGCUCUCCACCACCACCGUCACUACAGUCACCGUCAACGCCACCGCCACCAUCGUCAUAGUUGUUGUCGUCGUCGUCGUCGUCAAAGUCAUCGUAGUCGUCGUUGUCGUUGUCGUUCGUAGUCGUCGCCACUACUGCUACUGCUUCUGGUGCUGUCGUUUUUGGUAUAACUCGGGGAAAAGCUCAAGUCAAAAUUUCAAUACUUUACCGUCAACAGAACACAGCGCACGCCAUUCAUAUUUAUUCUCUCGGUGUUAUAAUAAUAAUAAUUAAUAAUUAAGGCAAAUUCAAGUGCAGGUACAUACCAACAACAACAACAAAAACAACACCAUACGUCGUCGUCGUACCUCUUUACCAAAAAAACAAAUUCAAAUAACUUUGAAUUGCACUUGAAAAAAAAUUAAAAAAUAAAUUAAAUAAAUACAUUUAUAGAUAAAUCGACUCAGAAGUUCAAGUAUUCAUCUUUAUAUCUUUUAUCUAUACAUAAAGUUUGCUGUUGAAUAUAUUUUUUUACGUUUUUUUUUAAGUUAUAAUCUUGUAUCUUUUUAUUAUCCCAGUAUCUUUCACCUCGCAUCAAACAACGAUAUAAAAUAUAUAUUUGUGUAUCAAAAUUAAUCGUAAUCGUCUCAAACAUCAACAUCCAGUAGUACACAACAUCACGGAUACAACAAAAUACUUAAAUAACAACAACAACAAAAAUUUAAUUCAAAUUACAUAAAACAAAAACAUAAAAUUAUAAGAAUAUAAAAAUUAAUAUAUCAAUUAAAUUAUACCUCCCAGUGCAAGUCAUAUAUAUAAUAUAAAUAACAAAAUAAUAUAUUAUUAAUAUAAUUAUUAUUAUCUACAUAAUAUAUAAAUAAAUAUUCCGUGCGUCUCGUCGUCGCUUGCUCUAUAAAUAAAAUAAAUUAUACAUAGAUCAAUAAAAAAACAAAAAAAUGUUAAAUAUUAUACAAUAAUUAUUAGAAAAUAAAUUCAAGUACACACAUAUACGAGUACAUAUAGAUAAAAUCUGUUCUUUUGUAUUUUUCUACUUUUAUAAAGUGAAUUAUAUAUUAUACCAUUGUUGCUUGAUUUGUGAACAAACUUAUAGUUAAAAAUUAAUAAUAAAUUAAAUUAAAUCUAUUACCCAACGUUAAAUUAAUACAAAUUCCUCUCUAUACAACCCAACAAAAAAAAACAUCAAUUCAGAAAAAGGAUUCGUUUUAAAUAAAACAACAACAAAAACAACAGAAAAUUCACCCGGAAUAUUCCUACAUGAUAUAAUUUAGCAGAACAGCUGAUUUGCAUAACAACUCUGGGAAUAGAGGCAAAGAAUUGACACAUAUAUGUGGCAUUCAGCAGUUGUAUAGAUUUUAUAUGUGGUUUUUGUGUUAUGCCUUGAAAAAGAAUCAAAUAAAAAUAUUGAAUUAAUUAAAUUCCCACCGCGCGAUGCUAUUUUUCUAAAUCAAUUCAAAAUUCGAUUUCACACACUUUACUGUUGUAAUUAUUUUUGUUUUCCUCAAAUUUAAAUGUCAAAUUGAUUUCUAUUUUGUUGUUUAAAAAAUAAUCAGCCAUACAUAUUUUUGAAAAAGAAAAAACUUCGAAAAUAAAAACAAAUUUAACAAUUUACGGUGACACACGAUAGUGAGGACAGACAAAAUAAAUAAAAUAAAAAUAUUUUUAGUGCAUACCAACUUAUACCUGCCUGAUAUGUAUCGCGAUUUAUCUCGUUGUAUUUAAAAACACUUGCCAAUUAUUGUGUGUUGUACAUAAAUAAUACAGCGCAAACAACAAAACAACAACAAUAAAAAUAAAAUUCACAAAAUAAAUAAAAAAGAAAAGCACAUCCCUGUGUUUUUAAAUACCGCAUUUAUUUCGGUUCAGUGGAAACAGUUUUUCAAUUUUUUUGUAUUUUGUUUUCGAAAAAAAAACGAGUGUGUGUUAAGUUUCUUGUUAGUUGCUUUAGUUUUGGUUUUACAAACGAAACAAAAAAAUUAACAAACAAACAAAGAAACUUUAAAUGUUCUUAUAAAUUUUGCAAAUUAUUUAAUUCGAAAACAAAAAGAUUAUAACAUCGAGAAAUAGAGUGGACAUCACAUUUUGAAAAAAUUGCGAUGUAUCUAUAGCGGCUUGAACAUAUUAACAAACAUCUAAAUCUUCGGUCAUAAAUGUUACCAUUGGAUAGCAAAUAAUUUAUGUGGUGUAUAUUGUAGGUCCCGAAUUUUUUUACCAAUAAGAACAUUUUUGCAAUAAAAGGGAGCUUCAGCUAAACACACUUGAUAAAAAAAUAAUACAAGGCGGGACGGUUAAGAGUAUUUAUAUAUUAAAGUUUGCAACGGAUUUCAUCACAAUAAAACACCACACCACCACACUACAGCUACCACCAUCACAAUGCAUAUAGAAAUUCAAGUUGCAUUAAAUUUUGUUAUAUCUUAUUUGUAUAAUAAACUGCCAAGACGACGAGUCAACAUAUUUGGCGAGGAGCUAGAAAAAGCAUUAAAAGACAAAUUCCAAGGGCAUUGGUAUCCUGAAAAGCCUUUUAAGGGCUCAGCAUUUCGAUGUUUAAAAACAGGAGAUCCAAUUGAUUCUGUACUUGAAAGGGCGGCUCGUGAAAGUGGCGUUCCCAUUUCUGAUAUUCUAGAAAAUCUUCCAUCCGAAUUAUCAGUGUGGGUUGAUCCUGGUGAGGUAUCAUACCGAAUUGGUGAGAAGGGUGCAGUUAAGAUUUUGUACUCUGAAAACAAUGAUAACCACGAAGAUUCAUCAUCAGCUGAUCGUGAAGUGACAAAAACAUUUAAUCCGGAAGCUCAGUGUUUCCGACCAAUCGAUGCUGUGAGCUCAAGUAUGAAUGGACUUAGUUUGAGCCCGAAAACAUCACCACAUUCGGGCUCGUCUCCAGCAUCGUCUACUAGUCCAACUUAUAAGGGAAGUCCGAAUCCGGCUGGUAAUUUUCUAGCCCGUUCUCAAGCGCCAUUAACAUUUACCACAGCCACAUUCGCCCAAACUAAGUUUGGAAGCACAAAAUUAAAAACCAGCUCUAAGCGCGCUAACAGCUCAUACAGAAUGUCACCGACGGAAUUCUCAAAUUAUAUCAAGCAAAGGGCAAUGCAACAGCAGUUUCAUCAUUCCCAUGGUCCAGCUGCACCAAGUAACCACUUCGGCCCAAUAGGACCAUCAUCUCCAUCAAGAUCUCUCUCACCCAACCCGCUGGGCUUGGGCAUUGGCCAAAAUGAUCCUUUCUAUUUCCCCAACAUCGGAAUGGGCAUAUAUCCUCAAUUCAACGGACACCGAAAUAUGUUUGAUUCUCAUUUCCAUGCUGAGACUAAUGGUAUAUUCAAUGGCAGCACUAACAGUGCCAAUCCUUGUAAUGGCUCAACUCCAAACGGACACGCAAAAUUUUCUUCGUACAUUGAACCCCAUGGAUUCUAUGGUCUCAACAAUCAAUUACCACAGCAGCCAUUACAACAAAAUGGAAACUCAAAUAACCUAAACAGUGGGGUUAAUCUCAACAACAACAGUAAUGCCACAAUGCCAAAUAAUAAUACCAACAAUAACGUAUCAGCUGCAAUCUCAGCUGCUGUCGGCACCCUAACAGCAGCUGCAGGAGUAAAUGCAAAUUCAGCUGGCAGUUCUGCAAACGGACAGCAGCAGCAACAACAACAACAGCAGCAACAGCAAUCUGUCUCACCAAUGAGCUCACCCGGUUCCGGAGGCAAUCAGGACUCGAACAAUUCAAAAUUGAUUGAUGGUCUCAAUUCGUUUUAUUCCAAUGCAACAGGACCUUAUCAGCACCUUUUGGUUGCUAAUUAAAUAUUAAGUUGUGAAAGUUUAUUAAUUAAUUUUUAUAUUGAAUUCGCUAUAGAAAUAAUAAAUAUAUUUAUGUAUAUGUAUCUUUUAAUAGUUUUUUCGCAUAAGUAUAAUAAUUCUAUAAUUCAAAAAUAUAUUAUCAGAAAUAUUGUUACAUAGGAAAUGUUUUUUUUUUUGUAUAUGUGUUAUAUUUUUUAUAAAAUAAUGUUUUGUUAAACAUAAAAAAUAAUUAAUAUUAAGUUUUUUAUUCGUUUCUUGUUUUUAAAUAAUUUUAUUGUUAUUUAUUGUGAAUGAUUCCUGUUGUUUAUACAUUACAUAAUUUUAAAAGUUUUUUUUAUUUUUUUAUUCACCCUAAAUAAACUUCAGUGAAUGGCAUAAAAUGGAGAAGUAAAAAGCGAGUUACCCACCAAAAAAGAAAAAAAACAAAAAACAAAAAAACAAAACUUAAAUUAUUUAUCUUUAUGAGAACAAAAACAAACAAAACAGCUAUGAAUUGAUACAAAUAAAAAAUGUCCACUGUGAAUAGUGUUAAGAUAUUUGACCGAAAUAUGUAUAAACAAAAAAUUAUAUUAAACAUUUUGUAAGAAUACUAAAGAAAAAAUUAUAAACAAAAAUAAGACAAAUUUUAAAUGUAUUGAAUUAAAUUUAACAUAUUAUAAUUUUUUACCUUUUUUACUUAACACAAAUUAAUGAAAUAAAAAAAAAAGAAUAUACGUAAAAAUAAAUAUAUUUUUAUAACAUUGGUGAGAUAAAUAUAUAUAAAAAAAUGAAUAAGUGUGGAAAAGUACACGUUAAUAAUUAAUCACAGAUAUUUUUUUACACAUUUUCAUAAGUUUUGCAUGUAAGUUUAUUUCUUAUUUUUACAGAGAAGAUUGAGGAGUUAAUUCAAAUUCGCAAAUAUUUAUUCUUUUAUAUUUUUCCUAUAUGUAUAACGAUUAAAAAGCAAAAUAAAAUGCUGAAUAACUUAAAAUUUAAAAUACCUGCCGGGUAAAUUUAAAAAAUUGUAAAUAAAUUUGCAAAAUUUCUGAUUCUUCUAUUUUUUGUCUGUAUAUUUCAUGAAUUACUAAAUCGAAUAUCAUUUUGAAAAAAAAAAUGUAUGAUAAGCGAAUGUUUACUCCUUAAAAACUCUCACAAAUUCUUAAAAAUUCUAUUUAAGUUUUAUUGCUAAUUUAACAUUAAUUAUUUUCACCUGAGUUAAAAUUAGUUAUAAGGCAAACAAAGAAAGAACAUUAAAAUAAUGGACAAGUACCAUUUAUAAUUAAAUACAACACAUUUUAUGUACCUAUGUAGACUUUAUCUUUUUGUAUUUUUAUACCAAUUUUUUGUAGAAUAUUCAUUAAUAUUUAUAUUAAAAGUUAGAAGAGAAAAAGAUAUACAAGAUAAUAUAAUACAUGUGAGUUUGUCUUCUCACAAAUGAAAUUAGCAAUUAGAUGAAAAACAAAAAGAAUAAAUAAAUAAAUAAAUAAAACGGCAUUAUAAUCACAAUAAUUUAUUUAUAAAUUGAAAGAGUAUAGUAGCAAAAUACAAGAAAUAUUUGAAAAGUAUCUCAUGCGGAAUAAUUAUAAAAAAAUUUACGCAAGGAAUAAAUAUAACCUUCCAAAACAAAAGCAAUUAUAAAUAGUUUUUUAAAUAAAUUAAAUAGUGGUAAAGAUAAAUACAUAUAUAUAAAUGUUUGUAACAAAAGAAACAAAUACUGUGUAAUAUUUUACAAAGUUCUUUAUCAAUUCAAGAAAAUUUUCAAAAAAUCUAAUUGGUAAAAUUCCGUUUUUUUUUAAAUACCUUCAUAGUUGAUUUAAAUUAUUUGCCUUAGGUAAUCUUUAUUAGAUAAUCGCCACACCUUGUGAAAAAAAAUCAUACAAAGCAAAACAAUAGUUAUUGUGGUCGUAGCCGUCAUCAAAUAUUAUUAAUUUGUUGUAUAUUUUAUUUUCUCUUAUACACAGUCACAUACAUAAAAUUAGUAUUAUUUAAUAGAUGAAAAUUUAGAAAAAUACAAUACAUGCAUACUUUUUUACGGAGUUUUUUUAAAACGUUUUUUCAUAAUAAAGGAAGAGCAAAAAAUAGAUACAAAAAAAACAUAAUAUUAUUAUUACAUACAAUUUAAGGAAACAUAUUUUUCUAUUUAGAUACAAAAAAAAUACUUAUAUUUAAACAAAAUCAGAAAUGCGAGUGUGUGAAAACAUUCAAUAAAUCUUUUUAUACAUAAAAAAAUAAUAGUUAAUGAAAAUAUAUAUAUAUACAUAUAUUAUAUGUAUAAAUACAUAAGUUUAGUUAAUUUUAGAGUAUACUUUAUAUAGUCAAAAAUGUAGUCUGAACAAAAUAAACGUUAAAUUUAAAAUUAUGAUUUCUUGUGUAAUUAAAAGAAAAUACAUUUUUUUUAAUAGUCAAUAAUUUUAAAGAGUUGAAAAAAGAAUUAUUUAAUAAUAAACAAACAUAUAUAUUUGAAAGUGUGAAUCACUUAAAUUAUCAUAUUAGACAAAUUAUAAAAUUUCAAAGUGAAUUGUAGAUACCUACACGUAAAUAAGAGUUAUAAUAUUUUUUUUAAUGAUUAUUAAGUUGUUUUUGUUUUUUUCCAUUGUUUGUUGCUAUUAUCUUAGAGUAAAAAUGUUUUCUAUUAAGAAAAAAAUAAUAUUAAAUAGAAAUGUAUUUGUAAUAGUCACCUAUUUUUUUAUAAUUAUGUUAUUAAAAUCAGUUAAAUAAUUUGUAUUUGUAUUUUUUAUUUAAAAAAAAAAACAAACAACUACAGAAAAAAAAACUAAUAGCUCUUACAAUUUUUUAAAUUUUGAAUAAAAGCUUUUUUAUUUUAUAUAAAAACAAAACAAUUGUUAUUUUUAUUUAUUUUAACCGUAUAUUCAUAACACGUACAUAAAUCAAACACUCUUCUCGCCCUUUAUGUUGAUUAUUUUAAUUUGAUUUUGCUCUUUAGCGUAUGUUUUGUGUUUUUAAAAUUUAAACAAAAACUGUGUUUCAGGCGUUCUUUUUUAAGCUUGAAAUGAUCGCUUUUAUUUUAUAGAAUUUGUAAGGUCUGUUACUUAUUUACUUUCAAUUGAAUUAUUUUCUAACUUUUUUUUUCUAAAGCUGCCUUUACUAUUUACUGAAUACAUUUUUUUUUUCAAUUCAAUUUAAGAUGAAAUAUAAUGCACGUUUGAUUUUGUAUUUUUCAAAUACAAUCGAUUUUGAUAUUUUUUGACUUAAAAUCUUUAGGGCGACAAUAUACUUAUGUCCCCUAUUAGAUUUCCCUUAUUUCUUAAACGGUCAGAAAAAUGUUAUUUGGGGUUUUAAGGAUUGUUAUAUGGAAUAAACAUUUUUUUAAUGUGUGACUCAGGAUUCAAAAAGAGUAGUUUUUUAAUUCUUAGUUUUUGUUUACAGUUGGAUAUUUUUACAAUUGGAGUCUUCAAAAGAUUAUCUGUUGAGUAUACUUAAGUUCACUCAUUGUUAAAACUAUACAAAAUAAUAUAUUUUUAACGGUUAUUCAUAAACAAGAAUCUAAAACUUUCUUUUGUUUAAUAGAAUGCUGCUGUACUAAGUAACUACCAAAUUAAGAUCACAUUUAACUGAAUUUCGUUUUAGUAAUUUCAAUUUGUUUAGAGCGUACGGAAUUCUUGCAAAAGUUGAUAAGAAAAAUCUAUGAAAAUUUCCAUUUUAACCGGAUGAUUUUUUAUUAAACUAUGGUUUAUUUUAAGGGGAGAUGCAUUUUAGGAUUUGAAAAUUAAUUACAUGAUUUCACAAUUCUACAUAAGGAUAUAAAAUUGAAUAGCUGGCUUUAAAAAAAUUCAAAAGUUGAGUACCCAAGGACCCAAUAUUAUUUUUGUUAGAAAGGUCGCGUUCUGUACAUCAAUGUUUUGAUUUAUUUUCCAUAAUGUGUAUCUUUUUCUUUUUUUCAAAAUAGUAUUUCUUAAAUAACUCAAAAACAAACGCCAAGAGCAAAGUUCUUCAUUUUUAAAAUCACAACAUUUUUGUUGAUAGUGUAUCCUUAUUUUUAACCGUAGAAACAUUCUUUUGUAUGUAAUUUUUUUUUAUUUGUUUCUUAAAUUUAACAAAACAAAGUAUUAUUUCAACUUAUACUAACAAAAUAAUAAAAGAAAAAAUUACUUGCAUAUCAAAUGAUACAAUAAUUAUGAUAAAAUACAUUUUUUAAAAGUUAAAAAAAAAACUUAAACAAUAAAAGUCAAAUAAAUCUUUUAUUAUCGCAUACUAGACAUGUUUAUAAGUGUUUAAAUCUAUCACAAAAAAAAUGUAUGUAUAUAUAAAGCUUAUAUUAUAUACAUAAACAUAAGUGUAUGUAUAUAAAUUUAAUGUAUUUUCAAUAGAUUUAUUUGCAAACAAUUUUUAAUUAAACAAUAUUAAUAUAACUAUAUUUUUAAACUGUUAAGUGUUUGUAUUUUCUAUAUUAUAUUUAUUAAUUGCUGAUGAUCUUUGUUUUGCUUUGAAUGUCAUUUGUGUAUGUUGAUCUUCUUAUGUAUUAAUAUAUUUGUUAAUUUUCCUGUUAAAUGUCACUGUAAAUUAUGCAAUUUAGGGCAAAUGUGUCAACAUGUACAAGCUAUCAAAAUGGAUCGAUUAAUUAUUAUUAUUUUAAUAUUUAGCUAUUUAUAUUCAUGUUUCUCUCUUUGGGUGUGUUCAAUCCAAGAAAAAUAAUGUUUUUCUUUAAACCCCAAAUAUUGUUAGUUUAUUGACAUUUUUAAGAUAUUUUUCACAAUAGUUUUCUUUAUGAAAAAUUAAAGUGAUCAAUUUUUGUUUUGAAAUUGUGAAAUCGAUAAUUUACUUUUUAGUUCGAAAUUAAUUCUGAUACAAAAAACAUUUAGUCUUGUAAAAAAAACCACCAAAAACAAUUUUGUAUUCCAAGUUGAUCCAAGAAAACUAAGUUAAAUCCUUUCAACCUAACAAACAAAAUUGAACUAAAGACAUUUUUGAUUUCACCAACUUCUUGGUCUUUUUGAAGUUCUUCCGUGAAUUAGGUUCAUUAACCAAAUACUCUGGGUUUUAUAAAAACUGAACUAAGAAUGUUCAACUUUUAACCACUUAACACGCCUCAUUGUUCACUAAACUACAUGCUUUUGAUGAUAGAUUACGACAAAACAAAUUUUUACAUGACCAGAAAUUAUGGAAAGAAUUAAAUUAAAGAAUUAAAAAUAAGUACAAAGGUAUGGUCCUUUGAAAAAACAAAUGUACGAAACACCACUUCAUCCUCGCUUCCAAUGCUCGUUCACAAUGACAUUUCCUAUGUAAGCUCGGUUGAUAAAGCCGAUUUGCUUGCAGUACAGUUUGCUGUUAUUUCGACGUUACCAGAGAGUGUCAUGAGCACUUUUGUACUAAGAGCGCAAACGGUUUUAUGGGACGUCUAUAUUUUUUCAGUACUCGUUCAACUGUACGAGCCUUCUUUCGCGCUCGUGUCGUUGAAAGAGUAUUGAAAGAUCUUUACAUACCCAAAUCCGCUGGCCCAGAUAAUAUCCCCCUAUUGUGCUGAAGUGCCGUUCUUCAACGCUGAAAAACCACUGUGUAAGUUUUUCAAUCUUUAAAACCCUUUCCGAGCGAAUGCAAAGCAGCAUUUGUCGAGCCGGUCCCUAAAGAAGGUGAAUUCUUGUCACCCACUAACUAUAGUCCAAUAUCACUCACUUCCUUCACGAAAGCUUCUUAAUUACCGGCAGUAGCAAUAUUACCAUCGGUGAUUUAAUGGUUUAUAUAACCGAACAGUGGAACAAAUUUAAAAAGCAAUUUAUUCUUUGUUGUAUUAGGAAUUAUUGUUCAAUUCAAGUAUUUUUGGACGAGUUAAAGUCUGAAGUACCCGUAGCGUGAUGGUUAGUGUUGGAAUGUCAUGCAAGGGGUCUUGGGUUCAGUCCCUGCCUGUGCCAUCUAACAUUUUUCACGGGUACUGCCUCUUGCGAGAAAUUGACAAAUCCUCCAAGAGUAAUUCUUGUCAUGAAAAAGUGCUUUCUCACAUUAGCCGUUUGGAUUCGGCAUAGAAACUGUAGGUUCCUUCCAUCUCUGACAACACAGGAAUGGUUGGGAGUUGUAAGUCACUAGGCCCUGGUUCUUCAUGGACUGUUGCUCCACCUAAUUUGUUUAUUUAUUAAAAAUAAAUGCUGGUGUUUACUAGAGCUCCGUUUUGUCUGACGAAUUGUUUAAUGGGGAAAUUAUGAGCCGUUUAAUGCUGCAAUCCCCUUCAAACCCUGUCGUUAAAGCAAAACCCACCCCCGAUGCCGCUAUCCUUGAGUGUCACUGGCAUUCAGGAAACUAAUCAACUUUCAGUACCCGGUAUGUUUAUCACAGAUCACCGCUCAUGGAAUGAUCACAUAUUCGAUAUUGCCAAAAAUGCUUGCAGGCGCUUAAGAUUUCUCCGACACGACCGAACGUUGCAAGAAAUUUGUGACCCCUCCUGAUCUGGUUGUAAUUUACAAAGCUUUGAUUUGUCCAAAGUUUUAGAUAGGACCCGAAAAAAACAGCUUUAAAAGGAUGGGCGAACUAUAACGUUGUUUUAUCGAUGUUUUCAUAAACAAUGUCCUAUCGUAUUAGCCAGUUGGACCCCUCACAAACCAAUUCAUCCGUUCAUCAGUUUACUCUUGAGCUUAAUUUUGAAUGUUCUGUCAAGAAUAGAGUUUCUUUUUUAACCACCCAUUGAGAAUGUGGAAUUUUGAAUGAUUUCCGGAAAUUCGUGACUCAGAAACAUAACAUUCAAACAACAGAACACUGAGUUUUCCGUACCUGUUUUUACUAUUACAAAAAUAAUUUGAUACACAUCUCGGAAAGUAUUUUUGAAUGUGAAUUACUUUUUAGUUGAAUUCCCUAAUUAUCGUUUAUUUUCGUUUAAGUUCCCAAUUCCAACCGAUUUCAGAAUAUUUUGCUUGUCAAAGCUGUAAAUAAUUAAUUUCAAUCAAAUUAAAAAAAUAAUAAAAUAUUAUCACAAUAUUUAACUCAAUCGAUCCAUAAAAUAUAUGUGCGUAACAUCUUCUCUAACACCUUUUGUACAUGAAUGUCUUAAAAUAAUUGUUAGUUAGUAUAAUCGUGUCUUUUAUUUUAAAUUAUUACCAAUGCAAAACUUUUUCGUUCUCUAAUUAAUUAUUAUCCAUGCGGAAAUUUUACGUAAGGUCAUAGCUAUAGAGUACCUGUUAUAAUAAUUCUAUAUAAAACAAAAAGGUUAAUUUAAAACAAAAAAAAACAAACGCUUUAAAUAAACUUUGACAAGAAAAAAAAGGUUAAAUUAAAAACAAAAUUGUCGAUUAAGACUAUGUACAUACAGUUAUAUGAAACCUACCUUCUUAUUAUUGUUUAAAAAAAUAAACAAUAGACAAACAAUAUUAUAAACAUAAACAUGGGCGCUAAGUGAAUUGUCGUAAUGAUAAUAACAUUUAUAUAUUAAAACAAAAUAUAAGCAAAAAUAAAAAAAAAACCUAUUUUCUUACUUUAACUAAUCUUUAAGAUUAAAAUACAAAACAAAAAAAUUAAAACUAAUACUAAAACUAAUGUAAAUAAAUACUAAAACUUAACUGCAAAAGUACCUACCAAUUAAAAAAAAUCUAAUUAGACAGCUCAAAUAUUAAUGUGUUGUUUGUAUUCAAAACAAAAAGGAUUAAAAUAUGAUAUUAAUUUGUUAUUUAUUUUAUAUAUAUUACUGAAAAAAAAAAAAAAAAAAAUGUUUAAUCGUGCAGCUGUGCUGUUAAUAAAAUCAUCGAAAAAAUAAAUUAAACAAGCAAAAAAAAACAAUUCAACAGAUUUUAAUAACCUCCCAAAAAGUUAAUCGAAUAAAAUUUCCAAAAAUAUAGUUAAUUUAAGAACAGAAACACAACAGCCAAUAUGAGAUGUUCCAUUAAAAAAAAAAACAGAAGAUAAUACUUAAACAUUAUGUACAUUACAUGAAUUUAUAUAUAUAUAUAACUCACAUUAUCCCUUAAUAAUCAUUAUACAUUUAUAAAACGCAAAUUCUCUAUGAACAAAGUAAAAAUAUUAAUAAAAUAAAUAUCAUAAAAGUAAUGCGCUUUUCAAAAAAAAUUAAAUUAAUAAAUUAACAUACAUAAAAGCAAAAAACAAACAUACUAAAUAAACAAAACAAUGCUACAGAAAACAAAAACCACUUCGAACAAAAAAGUAUUAAUAAAAAGUUUUAUAUUAUCAAACAUAGAUAUAUAUAUUAUAUACAUCAUAAAGGCUACUUAAUAAUAAUCUGGGUGUGAUUUCUUUAUUUUAAAAUGAAAUUAUAUCAUUAAUAUAAAUAAAAACAAUAUUUUUAUGUAUUCAAUGCAACUAGUGAAUAGAAUAAUAUAUACAUACAUAUAUAUAAAACCGAUUUUCAUACAUCAUAAAUGUAAUAUACAUUUUGUAACAAAACAAAAAACAUAUAUACUUAUAUAUAUAUAAAUAUAUAUUGAAAAUAAAACAUACAAAAAAAAUAUUAGAUUUAUAAUUUUGUUAUAAAUGAGUAGAUUUUUUAUUCAAAUUUCUUACAUGAAAACCUAUUUAUAGCAUAAAACUUUCAUACAAAACAAACAAAAAAAAAUUAAAAAAAAAAAUUAUAUUAUUACAUACUAUUAUAUAAUGUACAGAAAAAAAUAUUAUAUGGAGAAAAAUAUGUGUACUUUUUUACUCUUAAAAAUGUUUUUCUAAAAUUUAUCCUAAUAAUAACUUUCAAAAACCAAUUUAUAUAAAAAAAAAUCAACUCUAUAAAAGAAUACAAAAAAAGUUACAUAGCAGAGAAAAAUAUUAUGAUUUAAAUACGCAGAGUUCUUAGACUUGUAAUUAAAUUGAUAAUUUAUAUAGAUUUAUUGCGCAACUCCGACAGUAAGUAGGAUCUAUAGAAUUCUGCAAAGUUCAUACCUAGAACUGGCAACAAUUGUUAUUGUAUUUCAUAUGAAGAAAUUGAAUCAAUAAAUAAUAUUAAUUUUUUCAACACAAAACAAAAACAAAUUGUUUUAUUAUUUCCCAAUUGGCAUUCAAUUCAAUUCUUUUUUGAUAUUUUUUUUGAAUCAUUAUUGAAUCUAUGCAGGAUAUCGAAAUGGAACACCACCGUUUUCCUGACAACAAUUUCAAAACGCGCGUGGGUUGGUUUUUAUAUUUAACAUAAGUUUAAACGCAUUCUAACAUUAAUUUGGAUUUAUUGCGCCGGGCAGAAAGAAAUACAAAUUUAACAUCUAUAUAUAGUUUUGUAUAUGAAAAUUUAACACCAAGUUAUGAAAGGAAAAUGAUAGAAAAAUAGCAUAGAUAUAAAACACAUAUAUAUUAUUGUGCAGGUCACAAUUCUAAUAAAAAGACACAUUAAAAAUAAAAUAUCUAUAUAUAUAUAUAUAUAUGUACAUUAAUACUUACGACAUCAAAACAACACGAAAACACACUUUUCACAAACCAAAAAAUUAUCUUUAGGUUUUUCUAAACAAGAAAUAAACAAGUUUUAUACUUUUUUCAAAACCUAAAACAUAAUAUAUAUAUUUUGUAUACAGAACAAAUAAAACUAUAUUAAACUGACAAAGAAAAAAUAUAUAAAAAUAAUUUAAACAAAAAUAAAAACACACGCAUGCGGAAAUCCUUUUAAGGUAGACGAUAGAACUUAAGGAUACAUCUAACCUUUAUAAUUAUUAUGUAAGAAAAAAGAUAUAAUUACUCAAUUCAAAUGGAAACGAAAUUAUAUUUUUUUUUCUUCCUUUACAUUAUAUGUUAUUUGAGAAUAAAUUUGUUAAAAAAAAAAGAUUUUGUUGGAUAUUUAUUUUAUUAAUAAUAAUUACCAUAUAAUGUACCUAUUGGAAUUAAAUGCAAAAUUCUGUAUUAAAAAGCUCGCAAUUGUAUUUCCAAUAGAUUAAGUUUUCAAAACUAAAUGAAUAAACAAGGUAAGGUUUUUAAAUUGAAAGAGCAAAUCUAGUAAAUUCUUACAUACACUAAACAUGGAAAAGCAACGAAAUCUUACUUUAUUUUCUUUUUAUUCUUGUCCUAUACUAUUUUUAAAUUAAUCUUUUAUCAUAUUUAACUUAACUUACUUAUCACUUAUAGACCAUCACUCUGGUGUAACUUUUGAACUCCAAAUUAAAAAAAAUCCAUCUUAUCGCUUGUCCCAUCGCUUAUGUUAAGUCCCAUUAACAAUUAAUCAAAUACCUUUAGUACAAAGAGUCACAAAUAAGUAUGUGAGCAAUUGCCAGACUUUAUAACGAAAACAUUUUGCAUAUGUUUUAAAAACUUCACCUGUUAGAUUUUGAGAAUGACCAAUAAUUCUAUAUUUUUAAUUUUUCAAUGAUGAAAUCGUUAUCAAUCAACAGCUGAUUGUUGAUUCCCGUUUUACUUUCGAUGAUUAACUCUAACUUAAUGCUUGAUUCCAAUCAGGAAAUCAGUUUUCAAUGGCAAAAAUUUUCAAUGAAAGCUAUAAUCAACCAGUCAAAAAUAUUCGAAUGAUUGGUUUGAAUGAUAAAAACCAAUGAUAGCUAUAGCUAACCCCCUAAAAUCAUUGGUAUUUAUGCUGGCCCUAACUAUGUAUUUUGACUCCUACUUCUCGUCGCUUAAAUCCUUAAAAUCUUCUUUCAUCUCUUAUCCAUGCCUAUUAUAACUGAUCGUUUUUAAGAUCAAUAAAAAGUCUCUUUUUAGAUCUUAUAAUAAAUCUUUAAAUCUUAUAAUAAACACGAUAAGAUUUAGAGGUUAGUAUGCCGAAGUUUUCUAUUAUGAAUUUAACUUAUGCUCGUACAUAGGUGAUAUUUGAGAAUUUCUCACGAUUCUCAAACUGGUUUCAUUGAGCUUAGAGGAAAGCCUCCAGAUUCAUGUGGUAUCACAAUGGGCCAUUAGCCUGACUUAAGAGUGUUCUAUUCCAUCACAGACAGCCAAUUAAACCUAACCUAGCGUAACCCAAAGGUCUUCAUGUUAAGUUCAAUUUCAAAUUAAAAUACUAAGAUACAAAAUUAAACGUUGGAAAUUUUAAUUUGGAUUUCUUUAUUUAACCUUAUGAUAUUAAUUAUUUCGUUUUAUCUAAAUCAUGUUGCCGCCAUGAAAAACAAAAAUUUAAAUCAAAUUCAAAAACAUUAUAACAUUACGUACAUUUUAACUGCCUGUUAUAAAAUCUAUUUAAAUGUAUUUCUGUGUUCUUAAAGCGCCUUAAAAUGUUAAAUGUUCUUAAAAAAAACACAAAGAUCGCAAACGGUAUUGAAAAAUACUCAACAAUUUUAUUUUAACCAAUUUUAUUUACGUCCCGUACAAAUUCUGAAAAGUAGUUCUAUGUUUAAAACAAAAAAAAUCGCAGUUAUUAUAUGAAAAAAGAGAUGUUUAAAGAUAACGUCUCAACGUAAUGAAUACAAAAAAAAAAUUAAGGAAAAAAUAAAAAACAAAACAAAAAUAUUCCCUCACAAAUCAAAUCUAUAAAUGUGUCUUAGAAAUUAAACGUGUUUCUCCCUUAAGUAAGUUUUAAAUUUAACACAAUAAAUACAAAGGAAAAUGAUUAAGUCAUUUUUGGGCGCUACGAUGUGUACAUGAUUACAUUUAAACAAAAAAAAUGAAAAACAAAAUAACAAAACAACAAUCUUACGAUUUUAUAAUUUUUUUCGUAUAGAUAAAAGUAAGAAGAUUUUAUAAGGUUAAUUUAUUUUUUAUUGUAAAUGUCGUUGAGAUGUCGAAAAAAGUCUUAUUUUAGUUAUUUGUCAAUUUUAACCUUGAAUGUUAAAUAAAAUAAACAAUAAAUUCGAGCUCAAGUUAAAUUAUUAAACAUAAUAGUCCUAUGAAGAUGUAAUUAAAAUAUAAGUAAGUGUGCAAUAAAAUCGAAAAUGAAUGUAAGAUA